AUGGACGUGUACAUCAGCUCUGCACAGCAGCCCCAGGGCCUGGUGGGGACUCUCCAGGAAGAUGGCACAGGAGGACCCUCAGGAGAUUGUAACAAGGUAGAAUCAUCUCUUCGCAGCCUCCAGACAUUUGUUCCUGCAGACUAUGCCAGCUACACGCAGGAGCAUUACCAGUUUGCUGGCAAGACGAUUGUCAUCCAAGAAUCGAUAGAGAGCUACGGAGCAGUGGUGUGGCCUGGGGCUACAGCUUUGUGCCAGUACUUGGAGGAACAUACAGAAGAACUGAAUCUCCAAGAUGCUAAAAUUCUUGAAAUUGGUGCUGGACCAGGGCUUGUUUCCAUUGUGGCCAGUAUUUUAGGAGCUCAAGUCACAGCCACAGAUUUGCCCGAUGUUCUAGGAAACCUUCAGUACAAUCUUUUAAAAAACACGCUGAAACGCACAGCACAUCUGCCUGAAGUGAAAGAACUGGUGUGGGGGGAACACCUGGAGCAGAACUUUCCCAAGUCAGCCUUUUAUUACGACUAUGUCCUGGCCUCAGAUGUGGUCUACCACCACUACUUCCUGGACAAGCUGCUGGCCACCAUGGUGCACCUUUCCCAGCCGGGCACGGUGGUGCUGUGGGCAAACAAGUUCAGGUUCAGCACCGAUUAUGAGUUUUUAGAUAAAUUCAAGCAGGUGUUUGAUACAACUCUCUUAGCUGAAUACCCAGAGUCAUCAGUCAAACUUUUUAAGGGGCUACUAAAAUGGGACUAAAUAAAACAAUGUGCCUUACAAAA